CGUCCAGCAGCUGAUCGGUAAUCCAGAAGAAGUUUCCCCUCAGUUAGGGGGGAGCUCCACUUUGAAGCAGGAGACUCCACAACCACCCUGCAUUAAAAAGGAAGAGGAGGAACUCUGCAUCACUCAGGAGGGAGAGUGUCUUCUAGGACGAGAGGAAGCUGAUUACACCAAGUUUCCACUGAGUAUUCUCUCUGUGAAGACUGAAGAUGAUGAAGAGAAACCACAAGUAGACAACCUCUUAGCUCCACUAUCAGAUAGUGAGGCUGAAGACGAGAUUGAAGUAACUUUGAGCAGCGAUACAGACUGUGAAGGUGAUAUGAGGACUCACACUGACAACAAACACUCUGAAUGCUCUACAAAGAAGAGAGGUAAAACAUGUUUGAGCUGCUCGGUUUGUGCUAAAAGUUUUACUAAAAAGAGCAGUUUGACUCUACACAUGAGAACACACACAGGUAAAAAACCCUUUAAUUGUUCAGUUUGUGGCAACAGCUUUUCUGGAAAUGGCUCAUUGACUCAACACAUGAGAACACACGCAGGUGAAAAAACAUUUAAUUGUUCAGUUUGUGGCAACAGCUUUUCUCAAAAUAAAAAGUUGACUCGACACAUGAGAACACACACAGGUGAAAAACCCUUUAAUUGUUCAGUUUGUGACAAAAGCUUUUUUAAUAAGAGCAUUUUGACUCAACACAUUAGAACACACACAGGUGAAAAACCCUUUAAUUGUUCAGUUUGUGGCAAACGCUUUUUUAAUAAGAGCAUUUUGACUCAACACAUGAGAACACACACAGGUGAAAAACCCUUUAAUUGUUCAGUUUGUGGCAACAGCUUUUCUAUUAAGAGCAUUUUGACUGGACACAUGAGAACACACACAGGUGAAAAAACAUUAAAGUGUUCAGUUUGUGGCAAAAGCUUUUAUUUUAAGAGCAUUUUGACUAAACACAUGAGAACACACACAGGUGAAAAACCCUUUAAUUGUUCAGUUUGUGGCAACAGCUUUUCUCAAACUAGCAAGUUGACUCAACACAUGAGAACACACACAGGUGAAAAAACAUUUAAGUGUUCAGUUUGUGGCAAAAGCUUUACUAUUAAGAGCAUUUUAACUCAACACAUGAGAACACACACAGGUGAAAAACCAUUUAGUUGUUCAGUUUGUGGCAAAAGCUUUUCUAUUAAGAGCAAUUUGACUCCACACAUGAGAACACACACAGGUGAAAAAACAUUUAAGUGUUCAGUUUGUAGCAAAAGCUUUUCUUUUAAGAGCAGUUUGACUAAACACAUGAGAACACACACAGGUGAAAAACCCUUUAAUUGUUCAGUUUGUGGCAACAGCUUUUCUCAAAAUAGCCAUUUGACUCGACACAUGAGAACACACACAGGAGAAAAAACAUUUACCUGUUCGGUUUGUGGCAAAAGCUUUCCUCAUAACAGCUCUUUGUGGCGACACAUGAGAACACACGCUGGAGAAAAACCAUUUAGUUGUUCAGUGUGCUGUAAAAGGUUCCCACAUAAAGCAGAUGCAGUAAAACACAUAAGAACACACAAGGGAAAAUAACCAAUUAGCUGUUUAGUUUGUGGUAUGUUGCUCAUAUGUGGUGACAUCCACCCUACCCAGGACCUCCUCACUGCUUCUUUCACAAAUAUCUGAGGUAUUCAUACAAACUUGGAUUAUUUGGAGCAUAAUCUUAUCCACUCAUGACCCCAUGUCUUCUCUGUAUCUGAAACCUUGCUGAACAGUAAGAUAGAUGAUGCUUCAAGUGCUUGGUUACUCCUUCUUCAGUCCAGGGACCUGGGGCCUCAUGUGUCAAGUUUGUGCACGCUCAAAAACCUGCACUACACCCUUUUUCACUGCAAAGUUGAGCUGUAUCAAAACUGACGUUGACGCAUAAGUGAUGCUGGGUAACUGUUUGCAUAACAAACUGCCAACUUUUACUCCUCAGACUGGUUGAUGUGCAAAUCAGAGACAUAUGAACAAUUAACCCCCAACACCCACAACCCAACCCCCACCUCCCUCGACAU